AUGGAUUCUAGAGGUGGAGUAAACGGGGUGUGCACCAAUCUAACAUCAUCUACCCGCAUACAAGAGAAGGAAGAACUACAACGGCUGAAUGAUCGCUUUAGUGCAUAUACUGCACGUGUACGAUUACUUAAUCAACACCCCAACAAUGUGGACUGGUCUGCUUUUCGCAACUCCACAAAGAUACUUGAAGAGGAGAUUACUAACCUUAAGAAACUCUAUGAGAAUGAAUUGGAUGCACUGAGAAAAGAGAUUGAAGCAGGUGCCAUUGAGCGGGGUGCUCUUCAUGCUCAAAACAACAAGCAGCAAAAGUAUAUAGGGGAUCUGAAGGAUAGACUCAAUGUAGAAACAGACAAAAACAGCAGGCUUCUAGAUGAGAUUAACACUUUACAGAGAAGAAUUGGAAACCUUGAGGCAGCAGUUAAAGAUGCACACAUAGCAGCCCAAAGACCACAAGAGGAAGUGGAACAGCUGCAAAGAACUGUGGACAGUUUAUCAAGGGAACUGGAUCAGUGCAAGCAAAGAUCUGAACAGAAAAUUGUUUCCAAACAAAAAUGUGAGGAGAGAUUACAACAGGUUUUGAGAAAAGUGGAAUUUUCAGAUCAAGUUCAGAAUCAUCAGAUAAAAGAUUAUCAGAAUCGACUUGAUGCUGCUGCAGCCACCAAUUUAAGUUUGGAGGCUCGAAUUCGAGAGCUGAGCUGCCCAGAUUUGUCUGUCAAUGAAGUGCUCAAGCAGGUACGAGAGGCAGCUGAGGCAGAACUCAGAAAGUACCAGGCUGAAUCAGAGAACCAGUAUGUCAAAAAUCUCUCUGCUUUAAAAGCCCAGAUUGACUGUGAUGCAGACACAAUCCAGAGACUCUCACAAGAGAAGACUGAACUAAUCGGAAACAUUGGGGAGCUGCAGGCCAAGAUCUGGAAUCUAGAAGGACAGGUAGCAAAUCUUCAGCAACAGAAGCAAACGCUCCAGGAGACAGUGACCUUCGAGCGCAAGCAA